AUGGGAUUCAUCAGAAAAAAGAAAGAGAAUAGGGACCCUAACCGACCAUUAUAUAAUUUACUUAUCCGAAACUUUUCCUCGUCGGAAGGAAGUGACGAAAGUGCAGACGAAGGUUCCGGAGAUGUGAAGGAAAAUACACAACAUAAAGAUGAGGGUUCUAAGGAGCAGGGUGUUGAGAAUUCUCAAAAUGGUCAAGGUCAAACCGCUGGUGAUUCUCACGAGAGUGAAGGUCACAGUCACACUCACAAAAGUCACGGUCACGAUCAAGGUCAAGGUCACAGGCACGGUCACGGUCAUGGUCACAGUCACGGUGGUGAAGGCUGCAUAAUUCAUGAUCAUGAUUUUGAGUAUUUCCAGAAAAAAGUAGCCGAAAACGAACAAAAACUGCGGAAUAAAAAGAAGAAAAGUUUUUUAACCUGGAAAAAGCAAGUUAAGAGUUAG